AUGACGAAAGGGAAUCAGUGCUACUUAAGAAAUUUGGGGGAGACUCUGUCAAAGGGGGCUAUGAUUUGGUAUCAUAACUUGCCCGAUCACUCGAUUGAUUCAUUUGCCAUGCUCGCUGAUGCUUUCGUUAAGGCCCAUGUCGGGGCCAUCAAGGUCGAAACUCGAAAAUCGAACUUGUUCAACGUUAAGCAACGAGAUGACGAGACCCUCCGCGAGUUUGUGGCUCGAUUUCAAAUGGAGCGCAUAGACUUACCUCCAGUGACUCACGAUUGGGCCAUUCAGGCUUUCACCCAGGGGCUCAAUUUGAGGAGCUCGAUCACAUCUAUGGAGCUAAAACAAAAUCUGAUAGAAUACUCGGCGAUCGCCUGGGCUGCUUUAGUAUCAUGGCAUUUCGGUAAACGGAGUGAUCGCUCGAGGAGAGUGGUAGAUCGAGAUUCCAGAUCAUCAUAUGACAGGUACCAGCCUUACCCACUCGAUCGAAGGGGGAACGGGCGCAACAGUGAAUCAGGCAAGAAUGAUAGGAGGACCGAUCGAAGGAAUGAUCGAGGCCAAAAUAGCCGUGGUUUGAUAAACAGAAAUGCUGUCGAUAGAGCCCCGGGAAACAGAGAAACUCCAAGGUUAUCCGAAUACAACUUUUGCGUCGAUGUAGCAACUAUAGCGGCAGCCGUUAUCCGAAACAAAGAAACAAGACAUCCGAGGCCAAUCCAAUCUGAUCCAGAGAAGUGGGAUAAAAGUCUUAUUUGUGAGUAUCAUCAUACUCACGGCCAUCGAACCGAGGAUUGUCGACAGCUGAGAGAGGAGGUCUCCCAUCUGUUCAAUUUGGGACAUCUUCGAGAAUUCCUAAGUGAACGAGCAAAAACCCAUUUUAAAAACCUGGACUCCAACAAGCAGGAUCGGCCGGAAGAGCCUCAGCAAGUGAUACACAUGAUCAUGGGAGGAAAUGACGUCCCCAUUGGGCCGGUUCUAAAACGCAUAAAAAUUUCCAUAACAAUGGAAAAGUGCAUCUGGAUCGAUGACCCCGAUGGCCCCAUCACAUUCAAUGGCGAGGACAUGGAAGGCAUCGCCCAGCCGCAUAAUGACGCACUGGUAAUAUAUGUCCUUGCCAAUAAGUUUAGAAUUAAACGUGUGCUAAUUGAUCCAGGUAGCUCGGCUAAUAUCAUCCGAUGGAGAUUCAUGGAACAACUGGGACUAUUAGAUCAGAUCGUGUCAGCAGUACGGGUCCUCAAUGGAUUCAACAUGGCAUGCAAAACGACGAAGGGUGAGAUCACUUUACCGAUCAGUAUGGCAGGAACUACGUAG